AUGACACAGUACAGUUCAAUGGAUAUUAAAGAAAAAUGGGCUAUUGUUAAGGAUGGGGAAGACUCAGCCUCUAAGUUAAAGGUGAAAGGUUUUCCUUUCCAGAAGUCCUACACUAUCUACAGAGGAAAUGAUAUUGUGGCUCAGUUGAGCUACAUUACUCUUGCUGGGGAAUUAAUUAUAUGUAUAGCUUAUGCUAAAAGGAAUAAAUUUCGACUAACCAUAUUUCCUAGAUCUGAUGAUCAUGCUUUGGUUGUGGCAUUGGUUGUAAUAUUUCUAGAUUGA